AUUGUGUAUAAACGCAAGCGCAAACGCAAAAGCAAACGUAAACGUAAGGUUGAAGGCAAUGGCAAGUCAUCAUGAACAAGAAUUCUUAAUCAAUCAAUCAAUCCUUCCUGGGGAAUAAUAUAAUAUCUAUCUAUCUGUUUUUUGAAUUGCUUCCCUUGAAACUUUCAUUCUCUUUAAAGAAAUCCCCCCCUAUUCUUCUCUGUUAUUAUUCACAGUUCUCUGUUUCUCUCUGUCUUUAAUGUUCUCCUUCCCUCUCAGCUUCCUUUUUAUAUCCUAAAUUUCAAGUUUAAUUCUGUGAUAGUUAGCUAGGUUUCGGGAAUCGAUCAUCGAAAUCGAAGAUGAACGAAGAACAGGAGAAACGAGAAUCCAGAACCACCACCACCACCACCCCUUUUAUCCAGCUGGGGCAGGUCGACUCUGAUUUUGCUCUUGCACUCUCCUUGCAGGAACAGGAGAGGGCAUUUACAAUGCUGCCCACAGUCGAAAGUGAUAGGGAAGAGAAUGAAGAAGGCACUGCUUCGGAGGAGGAGGAUGACCAAAACGAAGACUACUUUGAUGAAGAUGAUGCUGCAUUCUUUCUUAGCCAAGACAUUGAUGCUGAAUUAGCAUUUUCGGAGGGAGAAGAUAGCAAUGACUACCAGAUUGAGGAAAUGGAGGAAGACGAUGUUGAUCCGGAUGAACUAUCUUAUGAGGAAUUGAUAGCUUUGGGAGAGACUGUUGGAGAAGAAAACAGAGGACUAUCAGCAGAAGAAAUUUCUUCGUGUUUGAGUCCGUAUACACGCUUACCUAUUGAUAGCAAAACCACCAUUGAUCGAUGUGUAAUAUGUCAAGUGGAGUAUGAAGAAGGAGAGAAGCUGGUGGCCCUCCCUUGUGAACACCCCUACCAUUCUGAUUGUGUAAGCCAGUGGCUCCUAAUCAAAAAAGUUUGUCCUAUUUGUAACACCGAGGUUUCAAUUUCAUCAUCCAAUAUUGCUAACUAGGACCGUUACCACUGUUUUGUUCUUUCUCAUUCUUUCAUGGAGUGCCCAUUGCUAAAACUCCUAAUGUAGAUUCAUAGUUUGUAUCAUUGUUGUUGUAAAUAAAAUUAUAAAAAAAAAAAUAUGGUAAAAGGUUGGGGCACUGAUCAUUAUUGGAUAGUUUGAUGUACAUAUUUGAUUUCUAAUGACUUAUUUACUAUCAA